UUUCUGAUGAGUUCAAGAUUUUGCCGCAGAACCGAGUAAGAUAGAUCUACAAUAUUCAAAAUGAAUGUAGUUACAUGCAUUGCGCCAAUAAACAUUGCAGUUAUAAAAUACUGGGGUAAAAGAGAUGAUGAUUUAAUUCUUCCAGUAAAUGAUUCAAUUAGUACCACUUUGGAUAAGGAUCAUCUUUGUACUAAGACAACAGCUAUGGCAAGCUCAGAUUUUAAAGAAGAUAGAAUGUGGUUGAAUGGAAGUGAACAAUCAAUGGAUAAUCCAAGGUUACAAAAUUGUUUGCGAGAAUUAAAAAAAAGGGCUCAAAUUUCUGAAGAAAUGCAAAAUUGGAAACUUCACAUAUGCUCAGAAAAUAAUUUUCCUACUGCUGCUGGUUUAGCAUCCAGUGCCGCUGGAUAUGCUUGUCUUGUUACAACUAUUGCAAAACUUUAUAAAGUAGAGGGAGAAGUAAGUGAAUUGGCAAGAGUAGGUUCUGGAUCAGCUUGUCGGAGCAUGUAUGGAGGAUUUGUCAGAUGGUUCAUGGGUUCAGAUCCAAAAGGUAGCGACAGUAUUGCUAAACCAAUUGUACCCGUUUCCCAUUGGCCUGAUAUGAGAAUCUUAAUAUUAGUUAUAAAUGAUUCCCAAAAGAAAGUAUCUAGUGCACAGGGAAUGAAGAGAACAUUAAUGACCUCGGAGCUCAUAAAAUACAGAAUUGAUAAGAUUUUGCCUACUAAGAUUAAUCAAAUGCAACAAGCUAUAUUAAACAAAGAUUUUGAAUCAUUUGCAGAACUUACAAUGAAAGAUUCUAAUCAAAUGCAUGCAGUAUGUUUAGACACUUAUCCUCCAUGUAUUUAUAUGAACGAUACUUCUCAUCUUAUUGUUGAUCUUAUUCAUUCGUACAAUGCUACUAGUAGUAAAAUAAAGGUAGCUUAUACAUUUGAUGCUGGUCCAAAUGCAACAUUGUUUUUAUUAGAGAAAGAUGUUCCAGAAUUUGUUAGUGUUCUUGAUCAUUAUUUUCCAUCUAUAGAGAAUAUCAAUAUUGAAUAUAAAAAAGGAAUUGCUAUCGAAACUAUUCUGCCUUCAAAGAACUUAUUGGAAAAAAUCAAUUUCACAAAGCAGACAGCAGGAAAAUUAAAAUAUAUCAUUCAUACACGUAUUGGUAAUGGACCAGAACAACUUAGUGAUUGUAAAUCUCAUCUUUUAAAUAGUCAAGGAUUACCUGUUGCAUCAUUAAUAACAAAUUGUUAACAUUAUUAAGUUUCAAAGGGGG